UCCCCAAGAGGCAAGAGGUGGCCGUUCUUGCUCUGCGAAUAGUCUCGCGCCGUCAUUGGCAGGGAUAACACGCGUCGUGCGUCCCUGUCGUUUUGUUCCAAGUUCAAACGUCAAAAACUUUGCGAACGUCAAAUUGUUUUAAUCUUUGAUUUAUUUUUGUUUAAUACCUAUCUGCAGGUGAACUCUCAGUACAAUUUUGUGUCGUAUUUAAUUUUCUUUGUCCUAUAAGUUUUUUUUUUCUAUUUUGUGCUUUUGAUUUUGUGGAAAGCUUGAGUUGAGUGCAUGCAAGAUCCUGUUGCACCUUUAUAAACGGUGAAAUACAAGAUGGCGCUUAGACUCGGCAGGGUGUUGCUGCUGCUACUACACACAGACACUACAUAAAUAGUGUUUGUAACACAUUAAACUGACUUAAACAUCUAAAGUUAAAGUACCAGUAAAAAACGUAACAAUGAAUCUAAAGAUAAUCCCGUUCCUACUUACAUGGAACAUCUUACUGACCGCAGCGAAGCGAGAUUCGUUUGAAGACGAAGACUCCAUAAGAGCAAAGGAACUCAGAAACAAAGAGAACAAUCGUAACAGAACUACCUUUAAUGGAACGUUGACAGAUAUACCAGAGAGACGAUAUUUAAGACAUAGAAAUAGCUCCAGAUAUCGCGGCGAUAGACGACGAUUUUGGGAACGUGAGCAUGAAAUAAGACGUGAAAGACGAAAGGGAGCAGAGGCACAUUCUUCUGAAGAGUAUUCUGUAUUCAAUCGAACAGACCCGUACAGUUUGAGAAAUGUAGACAAGCCCCGAAGACCAGAGAAACAUUGGAAUAAAAGCAGCAUGGAAAGAAUCGCAAGCGAGAGAAGAAAAGUAUUGAAUCAAAGCAAACCGGACCGACCUCAUCCCAUCCCAGUGAAGGAAAAUACAACAAGAAUGAAGUCGAAAAUAACUAACAAAUGGCAAAACAACGGUUAUAUACCAUAUCCCCAGCCGCGGGAGAAGAAACCGAAUAUAAUUUUGAUAUUGACAGAUGAUCAAGACGUAGAAUUAGGCAGUCUUAAUUUUAUGCCGCGGACUAUGAAGGCAAUAAGAAGUGCUGGUGCCGAGUUCAGACACGCCUAUACUACUACACCUAUGUGCUGCCCAUCAAGGAGUUCCCUGCUGACGGGCGUGUACAUCCAUAACCACAACGUGUACACAAACAACGACAACUGCUCGUCGCCGAUGUGGCAGGCCACUCAUGAGACCAACACAUUCGCCACCUACCUCUCAAACGCUGGAUACCGCACUGGCUACUUCGGGAAGUAUUUGAACAAGUACAACGGGUCUUACAUUCCGCCCGGCUGGCGCGAGUGGGGCGGUCUCAUCAUGAACUCCAAGUACUACAACUACAGCGUCAACAUGAAUGGAAAGAAGAUCAAACAUGGUGAUGAUUAUCACAGGGAUUACUAUCCAGAUCUGAUAGCAAACGACUCGAUCGCAUUUCUACGGGCGUCAAAGCGACGCUUCUCUCGCAAGCCAGUCUUGCUGGUGAUGUCGUUCCCCGCGCCACAUGGCCCUGAAGAUUCAGCGCCGCAGUACUCGCAUCUCUUUUUCAAUGUAACCACCCAUCACACACCGACGUACGACAUGGCACCGAAUCCAGAUAAGCAAUGGAUCCUGCGAGUCACGGAGAAGAUGAAACCCAUACAUCGACAGUUCACCGACCUUCUGAUGACGAAGAGAUUGCAGACUCUACAGAGCGUUGAUAUGGCGGUGGAGAGAGUGUACCAAGAGUUAAAGGCUUUAGGCGAACUGGAUAAUACAUAUUUGGUAUAUACAUCCGACCACGGCUAUCAUCUCGGUCAGUUCGGUUUAGUGAAGGGCAAGAGCUUUCCCUUCGAGUUCGAUAUCAGAGUGCCCUUCUUGGUACGAGGACCUGGUGUGGAGCCUGGGACUGUUGUGGACGAUAUAAUACUAAACAUCGACCUGGCGCCGACAUUCCUGGACAUGGGGGGUGUAACACCGCCGCCGCACAUGGAUGGCCGCUCGCUGCUACCGCUGCUGCAGCCGCGCCGCAGACGACAGGCCGCCGCGCACUGGCCAGACACAUUCCUCGUCGAAAGUUCUGGUCGUCGUGAGACUCAAGCGCAUUUGUCGGAGGAGAGGCGCGCUCACUGGUACAGCCGAGAGAUGAACGAGAAGGUGACGACACCACGAGCACUGGAAGUCUCCUCCGAAAGCGGGGACUUCGAUGAUGAAUCUGAUGAUGAUGACUUCUUGGAACUCGACGAUGAUGAUGAUAAUGAGAGUGCGGAAUCAAGUGAUGCGUCGAAGAAAUUAUCAGAACCUUUACUUACCAAUGAGAGUCACAACCCAAUACUGGAAGCAAAUCUCGAGAAAGCACUCGACGCAGAUGAAGGCAGCUCUUCUAACCAGCUUGAUUUUCUGACACCAGGCUCAAAACUAUACGAACAAUCGGCUGCGAGCAUAGCGAGUGGUAAGGCGGCGCGUCUGGCAGCGGAGUGUUCCAAAGCCGAGCUCCGAGCUCCUUGUUCAGAGGGUCGCAAGUGGAAAUGUGUACUUGUUAAUGGACGCUGGAGAAGGCAUAAGUGUAAAUAUGAGUCUGAAAUAAACGCUCCGCAGCCGAAAAUGAGCACAAAGAAAUGCGCAUGUUUUACUCCAAGUGGACUCGUUUAUACAAGACUGGAAACAGACGGAACAAUCUUAAGGCGACCGAGUGAAAGUCAAAAAGAAAAUACAACUCGCAAUCGUAGAUCAAUCGAUAAUGAUGUCUUUGAACCAAAUACUGUUGAAAGUAUUCUGGAAGAAAAUCCCAGUAUUGGACAUUUGAGAUUCCUGAAUGAGCCAUUUAAUGAAGUAGAAAAUAAGAGCGUCAAAGAUAGAGUGGACGAACUGAUCAAGCAAACGGAGGCAUAUAUUGAAGCUUAUGAACGUACCAAAGAAAAUAUAGAUCAUAAGAGAAUAAAACGGAGAGCUCAGCAUUUAAAUCAUAAUAAGCAUAAACAAAAGAACGACGUCUUAGAGACUAAUGAAUCAUCUUUAGAAUGUAAAAUAGAAAAAGACGGAACUGUGAAUUGUUCACAAAUAAUCUAUAAUGACUUAAAAGCCUGGCAUACUAACAGGCUGAGCCUAGAAGAUCAAAUACGACAACUACGGACGAAGCUUGAAGACUUAAAAGAGAUAAAAAGACACUUAAAAACAAGCAAACCAAUGAUUGAUUUGCAAACUGUUGUUCCACAUUAUGCUAAUCAAAAUCAUCAUUUACGUAGUAGAAAUACUACGCAUGAAACAACAUCUAAAGAUCAAUUGAGGAAAACGAAGCUUCACAGAAUGAAAUUUAAACAUAGAAAUAAUACACUAGACAAAAAAUUUAAGCAACCUAAUGGUUACACAGUUUCAACUGUUAAUUCUGUAACCAAAGAAAAUAUAUUCAGUUCUCAACUUAAAAAUGAACCAACCACUACAGAGGCGACUACAUUACGGUAUGAAUUAAAUAUGUCAGAUGACGGAGCAGAAGCAAAUAAUACAGAAUUGCCUAAACCUCAGAUUACAACGAUUAUCAUAGAAAAGAAUUACUUUGAUCAAAACCGAGUUGACGACCAAACAACUUUACAUAGUCUACCUACGAUAUUAGAUGACAUAACUACAACAGAGUAUUUAAAACCAGUAUUUACUUCCACGACAAAACAAAAAAUAGACGAAUAUAUUAUAGAUGUCGGUUCAUCUGUUCGUACACCAGAUACUUCACGUCUAUAUGAUGCAAUCGAUAAACUUUCAACUACCCCCAAAUUCACGAAUAUUUUUACUUUCGAUAGCAUAUCGACUGUAGCUUCAACGUCUACAAGCAAACCUACAAUAAAAUACGAUACAACUGCGUCUCCGAGUUUAGGACCGACAAGAUUCGAUGCGUCUGAAUACGAGCAAAGGAAUCCUAACCAAGCUGGUGCUGAUUUGGGCGUUUUUAGUAAACCAACGGACAUUUUCCAAAGAAGACUUCACCCCUUGUUUAUUGAAAAUGAAGAUAAACAUGUUUGUUACUGUGAAGAGAAUCGGAAGCCAAGAGGUCCGGGACACGCUUAUAUAGAAGCAGCUCAAAAAGCAAGAGAAGAAAGAAGGAAGUUAAAAGAACAGAGAUUGCGCAAGAAACUAAGGAAAGCUAAGAAGAAGGCGGAAUUGGAGAGGCUCUGCGAAUCGGAGCGCAUGAAUUGCUUUAGACACGACAACGAGCAUUGGAGAACUGCACCGCUUUGGACCGCGGGACCGUUUUGUUUCUGCAUGAGUUCAUCCAACAACACAUAUAAUUGUGUGAGAACCAUUAACGCUACACACAAUCUCCUCUACUGCGAAUUUGUUACCGGACUCGUAACUUACUACAACCUACGUAUUGAUCCUUUUGAGACUCAGAAUAGAGUGAAGUACCUGACGCAAUCUGAAAGGGAUUAUUUCCACAAUCAAUUGCAGCAGCUCCUAACUUGUCGGGGGCCAUCUUGCAGACGGUUUUCCCACUCAAAUCCAACCGGAAGUAGCGAAGAAAUAAACAGACGAUUGGAUGAUCAACAUCUGUAUAGAGGUGAACCUCUAGGAUAUAAUGAAAGAGCAUGGCGUUGGAGCGGUUACGGUCGUCGAUAUGCAAGAGCGAGAGAGCUGCAUCGUCGUCGUCACACGAUGGUGUUCUAGUCUGUUUAUAGUGAAUUAUGUGAUUGACACAUUGAUUUUAUCGAUUUGGGGGUUUCGAACCCCGUAGCCGUUAUCGUAAUUUAAUUUUUAACGAUAUUUUGUAGUAUUCAAUGUGAAAACAUUAAAAUGUUUUUAAUAUACGACGAAUGUUUAGUAGAGGUUAUAAAAAAUUACAUCGAAUCUAGUAGGGCUUCCUGUUGUAAUCGUUCUUCAACUCUUAUUCAAUGUUCGUAAUGACUUUUCAAUAGAUGACUAGGCUCUAAAUGUUUAUAGUUACUUACUCUCCCGUGCCUAAAUGUAUUGUUUGAAAGUAGAUACUGUUAUUAAAUAGGUACUAUUUAGAGGCCUAAUAUUCUAGAUUUAUAUAAAUUAAGAAGUUAAAUCACUGCCUGAAGUAUUAUCUAAAUGCUUAAGUAAUAUGGAACUGUACAAACCACAAGAAUUUGCUAAAUAUUUAUCAUAUAAAUAUACUAAUCUUUAUACUUUGUAAGUUUCCGGUUUUUAUUACAUUUUUUUUAAAUGGAAAUUUAUUAAAGUUCAGAUUUAAAAAAUGUGGUUAAUUCAACGAAAAAAAAUGUAAUCAAACUUUGUAAUGAGAAUAAAAUAUCUGUCUGUACCCAUCUUUGUCUAUUAGAAAUAAAGAAGUGAUAUUAAACUGUUGCCAUUGUGAUAA